AUGUUGGGCGGGUCCGGCGUGGCGGUGACCAAGCUUGGCAUCGGGGCCUGGUCCUGGGGCGACACCACCUACUGGAACGACUUCGAAUGGGACGAUAGGAAACUCAAGGAUGCCAAGGGAGCAUUCGAAGCGAGCCUUGAUAGUGGAAUAACCUUCUUCGACACUGCAGAAGUAUAUGGUGCAGGGGUAGGGAUCAAGAUAGUUCUUGAUUACUUCUUGCUGUAUUGCUCAUUCUCUAGAUCAUUUCAGAGCAACCCUGACAACCUUCUGAUGUUGAUGACAUUUAGAUUUAUCAAGGAAAGGAAAGAAAAAGAAGGGGUCGAGGUGGCCAUUGCAACAAAGUUUGCGGCUCUUCCAUGGAGGUUUGGCCGGGGAAGUGUUAUUUCUGCACUAAAGGGCUCACUUUCCCGCCUUGGUGUCUCCUCGGUUGAGUCAUACCAACUCCAUUGGCCAGGGAUAUGGGGCAAUGAAGGUUACCUUGACGGCCUUGCUGAUGCUUAUGAGCAAGGUCUUGUAAAAUCCGUUGGAGUCUCAAACUACAGCGAGAAACGUCUGCGAGAUGCUCACGAGCGCCUCAAGAAGAGGGGAGUUCCACUUGCUUCAAACCAAGUAAAUUACAGUCUGAUUUACAGGAACCCUGAGGAAAAUGGGGUGAAGGCAGCUUGUGAUGAGCUUGGUAUUACUUUGAUUGCAUAUUCCCCAAUAGCCCAAGGUGCUUUGACAGGAAAAUACACUCCAGCUAAUCCCCCAACUGGACCUCGUGGACGGAUAUACACUUCUGACUUCCUGUCCAAGCUCCAACCGCUUAUUAACAAAAUUAGGGAGAUUGGAGGAAGCUAUGACAAAACCCCAACUCAGGUGGUUCUGAACUGGCUUAUUUGCCAGGGCAACGUGGUGCCGAUCCCGGGGGCAAAGAACGCAGAGCAGGCCCGGGAGUUUGCCGGUGCGUUAGGGUGGCUCUUGACCGAGCAGGAGGUUGAGGAGCUGCGGUCCAUGGCGCGCGAGGUGAAGCCUGUCAUGGGUUUCCCAGUAGAGAAGCUGUAA